AUGGCGUCAAAGGAGGCGCUCUUGGCGCUUCAACUCAGUUGUCGAGGGGAUCCAGGCCGUGAAAGCAUUCUUCGAGACUGGAUUGAGUUUAUGGAAAGUCGUCACGAGGUUUCUAUGGUUCAAAAUUUGCCGAAAAGUCCCUCUGGAACUGCGAUUCAUUGGAUUCAAUUGUACGAAGAAGUAGUCGCACGUGGAGGUUCUCGGAUUGUUUCUCAACGUCAAAAAUGGGCAGAAAUACUCGGACCAAGUGGUGUAAAUAUUAAAGGACUCAUGCCGUAUCAGUUGGCAGCAUAUUAUGACCGAUUUUUGCGUGCUUUUGAGGAAAAACAACUCUUUGGACGAGAUCUCCCAACGCAUGAGGCGACCAUGAGUGUCUUACCGAAUAAACGUCGAGCUCAAGAAAAUGCUGGAGAAAUAGACGCACCUUUAGCAACCGUACAAGAAUUGCAAGAUGUACAGGGAGGUAUGGGUGGAACGCCGUUGCCGCGAGUUAAUAAAAGGUUUAAGGCACAAAGAGAGCUUCAGACGCACCUUGGAACUCUGCACAACAUUGUACUCGCAUUGGACUCGGGUAUUCCAGAACAAGUCAUGUCAGCGCUCAAUUUACUCACAGUUUUGUCGUAUGGAGACGCGUCGGGUGGAACAGUUGCACCGCAUCAGCAAUCUGCAGAGUCGUCAACUGCGACGGCGAAUGCCAAUGCUACAGCAAAUGAGAACGAGUUGUUGGUGGAUAAUGUUCCUGGAUUACUAGAUGCGCUGUAUCGACAAUUAGUGGUUUGCAAGCUGCUGCCGGAUGAGAGCGAGAUGGAGCAACAACAAGUGACGCGCACAAGGUUGCUGAACUUGAGAGUAAAUGAUGGUGAACGUGAAUUACUGGACUCGACGGCUCUAUUGGUGAUGAACAUUCUGCGCAACCUUGCUAUUGUCGGCGCGAAUGAGAAGCCAAUUGCUGCGCAUGAUGAGCUGUGCGUGUUCCUUAUUAUGGCUCUACGCUACAUAAAUAGUAGCGAUGCGCGUGAUGGCCGUGGUAAACGAUCUCGAGCUGCCGUCGAGAUCGGUGACCAUGUGCUAGACACGUUAUGCGCCAUAUCGAAGCGUAUUGAUUUUCUGGCACUUCAUCCUCCUGCUGUGCUUGAGGUUUGGCACCAGCAAUAUCAAUUGAGCUCGCAGCUCUGGAAGAAAGAACGUGUACUGCCGCUUGAAUAUCUGCUACGUGAGCUACGCCGCAUUCUGGUCGGUCGUGAUCUCAAGCAGCAACGUCGGUCAGUGGUGCUUCGCGCCUGCGAAUUGCUUACUAACGUGUGCCGCGAUGUAGCUAUCAAGAAGUAUCUUUCGUCAAGUCAAUCUCUCCAAGAUCCUGCUUUGCUUAAUUAUAUGGUAGCGUUGCUAGGGUGCUCGCGACAAGAAUUCCUUUCCCGCAGUUCAAAGCACAAAAGGCAGCAGCAACAAGCACAUGACUUCUCGACAACUACAGACUAUGACAUGGAUGCGGAAGACUCCGACGAUGAAGACGACGAGACUGACGGUGAUGACAACAGUAGGUGGCCGGCGCCAUGGGAGAAUGAUGGACUGCCAUCAGGUAUCGGCAUGGGCGUGGUAUAUGUGAGCCCAGAAGGCGUUCGUCACACAACAUCGUCGACACAUGUUGCAGAAGCAUUUGACGAUGUCACAAGCCAAUUGGAUUAUGAGAUGCGUGAUGCCGCGCUUGAAGUGCUUUUCCGUUUGUCAGACUAUGACGAUGCUACCAAGCUACGAAUGGCACAACACCCAACGUGCAUGCGACGACUAGCAGGGUCGCUCGUCUCCUGCAUUGGAAGGCCUGAAGCUGCUCGUAUUACCGUUGCUACGCUUUGCAACAUUUCCAUGAACCGUGCAACGUUUCCAUACUUCUUGCCGAUCGAGAAAGACCUGAUCCUUGUAGCGUGUUCCGACGUCAGUGUCUCCGACAUACUCAACAACGUCGUCGCCGACGUUUAUGGCAUGCAUUCCCUGUAA